AUAUGUGCCCUCUUCCGGACGAAUUUAUAAACAGUAUAUAAAGGAAUUUUCAUGAAAAUGAUCGUAAGAAAGAUAAAUUUGUGAAGAAAACGAAUUUUCAAUAUAUUUUAUAAUUUGUUCUAUUUUUAAGCAUAUGCGAGUGUUCAUUUAUUAUAAAGAUGUGUUUAUACUAAAAUAUGAUAAUGCGAGAUAAAAUUUUUUUAUUGUAUAAAAUAUUAACAUAAUUAUAUAUAUAUAAUUUCUGUGAUGAAUAUUGAUAAAACAAAAUAAAGUGAAUACAAUAUGAAUGAAGAAAUAAUGGAUACUAUAGGUUACGAUACGGCUAUAGAUGAAAAGUAUAGAGUUUACGCGAGUAUAUCCUUUGCUGUACUAUUAUUGGGCAUCGGAGUUCCUCUUUGGUGGCAUACUACUGCAGUUCCACGUGUACCGCUCCCUUACGGUGGAAUUGAGCAACUUUCCAACUUAGAAAUCAACAUUAAAACAAAAAUUGUCGUUCUAGCUCUUUCCCGAGAUCGUGCUGAAUUAUUGGUUCAUGAUAUAAAAGAAGCUUUCAAAAAUGCCAGUAUCUGUCAAAUAGAGGUCAUUUAUCGUGUAAUAUCCAAUACUUUCGCGUUUACGCAUCAUCAAUUAGAGAAGAUAGCAUCUACUUUUGAUGUUGACGUAGGACAACUUUUACUCUUUGAAACAACUAACUUGAACAAUGCAGUUCUUGUCGGUUCGAAAAGAACUAUUUAUUUUUCUACCGAAACCACUUCUUCCACUUUGAUACAAGUAUUAUCGGAAUGGAUGUUGCACGAAAAGUCAUUGGCUUUAACAAGAAAUGCACUCACUGAACCGACUCUUUAUAAUCUAGAUGAGGAGAAUAGAAGAAGAUUUCCGGCUAGUCCGGCGUAUGAUAUAUUGAUCACUGUCGUUAAUCCUGAUCCAGAGAAAUUGAAGAUUGAUUGGAAUCUUCGCGAGAUGGUUGAAGAAUAUGUCGAACCCUUUCUUGAUGAAGUUUCAAUUUUGAGUAAUUUUUCGGUCAAAUCGCAGUGGUUAUAUUUGUUACCUUUGGACGUGAUUCCGAAACGUGUGCCCGAUAGUAGUCCGUUAGGUAGACACUUUGCAUUAUCGGAAGAUGUUUUGCCACAACUAAUCACACCUUUGGAAAAGAAACUAGCCUCGCAAGUUAGUCUUCGAUCAACUAUUAAUUUUGUCAUCUAUGUUGUUCCUUGCGAUAAUGCUCCAUUAUAUAUUUACACACGUUCUGGUCAUCGAUCAAAAAUUAACGCUAACGUUGAAGCAUUUCUUUCUCCAAGGUGGGGUGGUGUAAUAUUAAUCAAUCCACCCGUGGAAACUUGUAUGACUAUGAAAUCUGAUGAAUUAGUUACCAUUGUUCCUGAACAGACUACCAUUGUUGGAACAUUUCUUACGCAAUUAAAACUUCUCUUAGGUAUUCCCGAGCCGAAAUUUUUGAAUGGUGUUACCAUUGUUCCUUUACCAGGAUUGAAACUGCACAAUUGGGAAGUUGAUGCAUUGCUACGUGUACGCACGAUUGAGCAAUUAACAUCAGCAAAAUUGACUUUGCAAUCACUUGCUCGACUUCUUCAAGAAAUUGGUAACAUUGUGAUCACAGAUAUUGUAGGAAAUAGGAUAAAAACAGCCUUGAGUUUAGUGGAAAAAUCAGCUCAACAAUUAACACAGGGUGAUCUAGCUACAGGUUUCUUAUUGAGCAAAGAAGCAUUCAUUACCGCAGAAGCAGCAUUUUCCGAUCCAACACUUUUUGCUUUGUUGUAUUUUCCUGCAGAUCAAAAAUAUGCCGUAUAUACACCUUUAUUUUUGCCAACUAUGGUACCAGUCUUGCUUUCCUUAAAAAGUAUUUAUCGUUAUUAUUUUGUUCGAAAAAAUAAUCCAUAGAAGAAAGAUUGCACAAGACUAUAAUAAAUAAAAUUGUAAAUUUUUCACAAUAAUGUUUUUCAUCAAUUCUCCGAUUUCUUUUUCUUAUUUUCGAAUUUCGAAACGUUACACUAUCUUAUUUGGAUGAAACGAAUAUUACAAAUAAAAACAAUUUUUUUUAUUGUACAAAGAAAAUAUUGAUUAAGUUAUAAAAACAGCAGAAAGUGUGAAAUGAAUGAAAUGAAUGAAUGAAUGAAAAAGAGAGGAAGAGGAUUAAGUGAUUAAAAGAUUAAAAAGAAGAAAGGAAAAAAGAGAAGAGAAUGCGUCGAGCAGUUUAAAUUGUUCUAACGAAUGUCAAAUGAGUUUAAGAUAUUUUAUAUAUAGUUAAAAUUUGUUUGUCCUGCAUUUUUGUCGUACAUAGACUAAAUUCUAGAAAUAUAAUUUUUUCAUAAUUUCUGUUAUUCACGGAUAAACCGUAUUACACGUCACAGCAUAUGAUAUAAUACAAAGUAGCUAAAUAAAAUUUAUUAUUUAUUCACA